UUUCCGUUGAGUUGUGAUGUCGCACUACAGCAUCGUCGCAUCCGUCGUAGGAACUGCCUUCGCCCUCUACUACGUCGUAACCUCUUCGAAGAAACCAUGUCUCGUGUGCGGGGAAGGGACCUUUCGAAACUUCCUCCUCACGAGGUGUUCCUUCAUCCGCGAACGGUUCCUGCCAACUCCCUGGUGCUUCACGAGCCACGCCCAGACAUUGGUGGCCCUGUUGUUGCAGAAGAAAAAGCCCGACAUCGCGUACAACCGGCAGCUCUUGACCCUUUCUGACGGUGGUGUCUGUGCCCUGGAUUGGUUCGGCGAAGAAAACGCCCAACCUGAUAGACCCACUGUUCUCGUCUUGCCCGGCCUCACUGCGGACAGCCAGGUGUACUACAUAAAGUCCUUGGUCCCUCUCAUUGGCGACCUGGGAUGCCGGUGCGUCGUCCUCAACCAUCGAGGCGAUGGCGGCGUCCCACUCAAGACACUCCGCUUGCGCUCCUGCCUCAAUACAGACGACAUCUUCGACGUCCUCGCCGCCGUCAAAACCAAGUAUCCUUCAACGUCGGUACUGAGCGUUGCCUAUUCGUUCGGAGGCGUCGUCCUCACCCACUAUCUAUCGCAAACAGGCGUUGAAGCCCUCAUCGACGCGGCUCUCGUGAUCUCGACCCCGACAGACCUCCUGGCUGCCACCGAGAACCUGCAGAGGGUGGGGCCUAACCUUAUGAUCAACCACUACCUGACCAAGUAUCUCGUGGACUGCGUCCAGCGAAACCGUGACGUCAUCGAAGCCAAGCUGAAUGUCAACACGCUGUCCAAGUGCAAGACCGUCAAGCAGUUUGACGCCUGUUUUACGGCGCCGCUACUCGGGUUCGGGUCCGUGGAAGAUUACUACAAGGCUUCCUGCCUGAACGGAAAGUUGGGGACAGUGCGUCGACCCCUGCUGUUUCUGACAGCCAGAGACGAUAUCUUUGUGCCCAAGGACUCGAUGCCUCUCGACGAGAUAAAGGAGUCUGGCUUCGUGGCGGCGGUCCUCAUACCUCGUGGUGGCCAUAUUGGAUUUGUGGACGGCUUGCUGUUUCCAUCGCCGCCCUUUUACUCGGAGCGCUUUGCGGCGAGGUACGUGGAUUCCUGGCUGCAGUACGGCGCAGAGGAGUUUCGAGGAUUUGCCGAGUAACUACGGGGCAGCUCGGAUGGGACCCACGGGAACGACUGUCGCGGAUAAGCAAUCGAUUAAUACGACAUCGUGUGGAUGUUAAGUGUGCAAGUAUACGAGAGAUACGAAAUAAUAUGGUUGACACUUUU